CCAGAAGAUCUGAGCGUUGCUGAAUCUCGUGUGGACAAGCCAGCCGCCGAGGCCAGGACUGUCUUGCGGAUGGCUGAGAGUCCUCUCGGGCCUGGAGAUUCCAAAAAGAUUUCAUCACCAGGAGGUUUUUCGGGACGUUAUCAAACCACUCAUUUUCGUGGCUGCCUCCUGGUGAUGAUGGCCGCAUGAGCAUCCACCAUGGCCAACCGGAAGCAUCAGAGUACCGUGAGCAGCAUGCUGGACCACAGGGCGAGGCCGGGCCCUGUCCCCCAUGGCCAGGGGCCCGAAAGUGAGGAUGUGGAGCUGCCCCUGGAGGAGUACAUGCCCAAGGGCCUGGAGCUGGCUGCCCUGCGGCCGGAGAGCCCCACGCCUGCAGAGCAGGGGUGCCACGAUCACAGCCCCGAUGGGGACUCCAGCUCCGACUAUGUGAAUAACACCUCUGAGGAGGAGGACUACGAUGAGGGCCUCCCUGAGGAGGAGGAGGGCAUCACUUACUACAUCCGCUACUGCCCCGAGGAUGACAGCUACCUGGAGGGCAUGGACUGCAAUGGGGAGGGGUACUCGGCCCAUGGCACGCGCCACCUGGAGACAGACGAGUGCCAGGAGGCGGUGGAGGAGUGGACGGACUCGGCAGGCCCGCACCCGCACGGCCAUGGGGACGAAGGCAGCCCGGACUACCAGGAUGGCCACCUCCCCAUCCCGGAGGAUGAGGCUUCCGUCCUGGAGGCCCAGGACCAGGAAGAAGGCAUCCACUACUGUCCCAGUGAAGAGGGCUACCAGGAUUACUACCCCACAGAGGCCAACGGGAACGCAGGCACUACUUCCCCCUAUCGCCCGAGGCGUGGGGAUGGGGACCUGGAGGACCAGGAGGAGGACAUCGACCAGAUCGUGGCUGAAAUCAAGAUGAGCUUGAGUAUGACCAGCAUCACCAGUGCGGGCGAGGCCAGCCCCGAGCACGCACUGGUGCGGGGGCCUGAGCCGGGGCCUGGGGACUCCACAGAGGCCUGCCCACCCGGCGAGGCCAGCCACAGCCCCAGCAGACACGAGGGAAGGCCCAAGUCGCUGAACCUCCCUCCUGAGGCCAAGCACCCCGGAGACCCCCAAAGAGGCUUCAAGACCAAGACUAGGACUCCAGAGGAGAGGCCAAAGUGGCCCCAAGAGCAGGUUUGCAAUGGUUUGGAACAGCCGCGGAAGCAGCAGCGCUCUGAUCUCAAUGGACCCGUUGACAAUAACAACACCCCGGAGACAAAGAAGGUGGCGUCAUUUCCAAGUUUUGUGGCUGUUCCAGGGCCCUGUGAACCAGAAGACCUCAUCGAUGGGAUCAUCUUUGCUGCCAACUACCUGGGGUCCACCCAGCUGCUCUCAGAACGGAACCCUUCCAAAAACAUCAGAAUGAUGCAGGCGCAGGAGGCCGUCAGCCGGGUCAAGAGGAUGCAAAAGGCUGCUAAAAUCAAGAAAAAAGCGAAUUCUGAGGGGGACGCCCAGACUCUGACCGAAGUGGAUCUCUUCAUCUCCACUCAGAGGAUCAAGGUGUUAAAUGCGGACACACAGGAAACCAUGAUGGACCACGCCUUGCGCACCAUCUCCUACAUUGCGGACAUUGGGAACAUCGUGGUGCUGAUGGCCAGGCGCCGCAUGCCCCGGUCGGCCUCUCAAGACUGCAUCGAGACCACCCCCGGGGCCCAGGAGGGGAAGAAGCAGUAUAAGAUGAUCUGCCACGUGUUCGAGUCCGAGGACGCCCAGCUCAUCGCCCAGUCCAUCGGCCAGGCCUUCAGCGUGGCCUACCAGGAGUUCCUGCGGGCCAACGGCAUCAACCCCGAAGACCUGAGCCAGAAGGAGUACAGCGACAUCAUCAACACCCAGGAGAUGUACAACGACGACCUCAUCCACUUCUCCAACUCAGAGAACUGCAAGGAGCUGCAGCUGGAGAAGCACAAGGGCGAGAUCCUGGGCGUGGUGGUGGUAGAGUCAGGCUGGGGCUCCAUCCUGCCCACGGUGAUCCUGGCGAACAUGAUGAACGGCGGCCCGGCUGCCCGCUCAGGAAAGCUGAGCAUCGGAGACCAGAUCAUGUCCAUCAAUGGCACCAGCCUGGUGGGGCUGCCCCUCGCCACCUGUCAGGGCAUCAUCAAGGGUCUCAAGAACCAGACGCAGGUGAAGCUCAACAUCGUCAGCUGUCCGCCGGUUACCACGGUCCUCAUCAAGCGGCCUGACCUCAAGUACCAGCUGGGCUUCAGCGUGCAGAACGGAAUCAUCUGCAGCCUCAUGCGAGGGGGCAUCGCGGAGCGAGGCGGUGUCCGUGUGGGCCACCGCAUCAUCGAGAUCAACGGGCAGAGCGUGGUGGCCACAGCCCACGAGAAGAUAGUCCAGGCUCUGUCCAACUCUGUCGGGGAGAUCCACAUGAAGACCAUGCCCGCCGCCAUGUUCAGGCUCCUCACGGGCCAGGAGACCCCGCUGUACAUCUAGGCCGCCAGCCUG